AUGAAGCUCCUCAGCCUUGCUGGCGCUGUCGCGUGGUGUGCAUUCGACCUCCGCCGGGUCACUGCCUUGUCGAAUAUCACCUUCUACUCGGACAAUGCAUGCCAGAAAUUCCAGGGCUGGAAGACAGGUCCCGACGAUGGAACAUGUACACCGUUCCCGACAAACGUACAGGGAUUUCUCAGCUACAUGGUCACAAGUCUUGACCAAACUUGUGCAGUUACGGUUUACGGCAGCGAUGUGGCCUUCUGCAGUUCUACCACCCUAUUUAUUGCUCCUUUCUCCGACUGUAUGACAGCGACGAACGUCAGUCAAUUCUCUGUCGAUUGUCAGGACCUAGCAGUCGCCACUUCCGCGGUGCCUUCUGUCGUUGCAAAUGGAGCACCAAAUCCUACUGGCUCAACCGCGGACACCGAUGCCAGCAGUAAUAAUACAGGUCUAUCUGGAGGAGCCAAAGCCGGUAUCGCCGUGGCUGCAGCCGUAGCGGGCCUAGGACUUAUUGCCCUGUUGGUAUUCUUGGUCAUUCGAGGCAAUCGAAGGAAGAGAGCAGACACGGAAGCCAAAAGAGCUCUGGAAAAUAAAUCUCAGCCUCCUGCACCGCCCUACUCCGAGCUACCACAGAACGAAAAGAAACCGGCUAUGGAGAUGCACGCAGCCAUUCCUCAAGAGAUCGCCUCCUCGGUGAUGACGCCAGUGGAAGCUCCAGGAGACGAACGUUGGGGUCCUCGACAAGAAUUGCCAGGCGACUGGAUACCGACCCCAAUUGAAGGGUCUCAAGUUUCACCUCGGCCGAUUGAUUCCAAAACAGUCGUGUCCUCGGAGGGUACGACAGUGGUUGGAGGGCAAGGCAACCUGGAUUCCGAGGUUGGCGGUGUAUCACAGCCGUAG